AUAUCAUAUGGCUGACAAACUCAUGCAAGCUGUUGAAUACAGUUCCUAUGGCGGAGAUGCAUCUGGAUUGAAGCAUGUUGAAGUUCCUAUUCCAACACCAAAGACUGAUGAAGUUUUAAUCAAAUUGGAAGCAACUAGUAUUAACCCGGUUGAUUGGAAGAUUCAGAAGGGUCUUCUUCGUCCUAUUUUGUUGCCUCGAAAGUUUCCACACAUACCUUGCACGGAUGUAUCAGGAGAGGUAGUAGAGGUUGGGCCAGAGGUCAAGGAUUUUACAGUCGGAGACAAAGUUAUUGCUAAACUUACACAUCAAUAUGGAGGUGGGCUAGCUGAGUUUGCAGUAGCUGCUGAGAGCUUAACAGCUGCCAGACCAUCUGAAGUCUCCGCUGCUGAAGCUGCUGGUUUACCUAUAGCCGGUCUCACAGCUCGUGAUGCGCUCAUCGAAAUUGGAGGAAUUAAGCUUGAUGGGACUGGCGAGCCAAAGAACGUUUUGGUAACUGCUGCUUCAGGUGGUGUAGGUUUAUAUGCUGUUCAACUUGCCAAACUAGGGAACAACCAUGUGACAGCCACUUGUGGCGCUCGGAACCUCGAAUUUGUUAAGGGCUUAGGUGCUGACGAGGUUCUUGACUACAAGACUCCGGAGGGAGCAUCAUUGAAGAGUCCAUCCGGUAAAAAAUAUGAUGCAGUGAUACAUUGCACCAUUGGAAUACCAUGGUCAACUUUUGAGCCUAAUUUGUCUGAAAAAGGGAUUGUAGUGGAUUUAACACCUGUCCUAAGUUCAAUUUGGACUUUUGCGCUGACUAAAGUUACAUUUUCGAAGAAGCGGAUGGUGCCGUUUGUUGUAACUGUCAAGCGCGAAGGCUUGGAACAUCUUGCUCAGUUGGUGAAGGAUGGGAAACUGAAGACAGUUAUUGACUCUAAGUUUCCUCUGAGUAAAGCUGAAGAUGCUUGGGCUAAGAGCAUUGAUGGCCAUGCUACUGGAAAAAUCAUUGUGGAGCCAUAGGCACAGUUUUCUACUUUUAUACACAACUUUUGUGUGUAUAUAGAAAUGAAUAAUUUGGGACACAUCAUAUGCUGCAAUGAUAUUAAAUUGGCAUGUCUUGAUUCUUUCUGGUUUGUAUGUGAUAUAAAAUGGUUCUAUUUUUUUAUGAGUGAUCUGGGAAUAAAUGAUUUAUUUGAUAUAUAGAGAGGGUAAAUGGCUUAUGUUUUGGAUAAGUACAUGACAUGAUUUCAUAUAUUGAGAAAUAUUUGGUUGAUAAAUUAUUCGGUAUCCUAGUGAUAUAAAGUGGUUGUCUUCUCGUUCGUAAAA